GUGAGGGAAAGCAGCCUUGCCAGUGCCAUUACUCUUUACCACCUACUUCUUAAUUUGUUUACCUUGCCCAUUAAUCAGUUGUAAGAAAACUUUAGAUUUGGUAGGAAUUUCAUAUUCAAAUUCCUCACAAUUUUCUUAAUAGUUUCUUUGACUGUUUUGCUUCUCUUAGUAUCUUCUUAAUUUCGCAUUUCCUUACUUUCUUUUGCAGAAGACGAUUUCUUCUUAAUACGUCCUUUGUUCUUCUUUUUUCUUCAAAGGGUUUCUUGAAUAUUUUUGUCUAAUCAUAUUAAUUCUUUGUCCACAAAUCUAAUUCAAUCGCUUUUGAAGAUUAUUUUAGGAUUAUUCUUAAUUUUUUUUUUACCUACUUUAAUUUCAAAAGAAACUAACUACCUUUGCUCUACGAAUCCUUUCUUUGAACAAUUUAAAUAUCCCUAUUCAUCAUGUCUACAGAGCUUCGUCGUAAAUUAGUCAUCGUUGGUGACGGUGCGUGUGGUAAAACUUGUUUGCUUAUUGUCUUUUCCAAGGGUACAUUUCCUGAGGUGUAUGUGCCUACCGUCUUUGAAAACUAUGUCGCGGACGUAAACGUCGAUGGUCGUCACAUCGAGUUAGCCCUUUGGGAUACCGCCGGUCAAGAAGACUAUGACCGUCUCCGCCCCCUUUCGUAUCCAGAUUCUCACGUCGUAUUAAUCUGCUUUUCCAUUGACGCUCCCGAAAGUUUAGACAAUGUGCAAGAAAAAUGGAUUUCCGAAGUUUUGCAUUUUUGCUCUAGUCUUCCUAUCAUACUUGUGGGUUGUAAAAAUGAUUUACGCAACGAUCCUAAAGUAAUUGAGGAACUCUCAAAGACCUCUCAAAAGCCAAUUCCUUAUGAGGAUGGUGAAACCGUUGCCAAAAAAAUCGGUGCUUACAAAUACCUUGAGUGUUCCGCUAAACUUAAUGAUGGCGUACAAGAAGUAUUCGAAACCGCUGCCCGCGCAUCCAUGUUGAAGUUCAAACCCAACAAUGGAACCAAGACUAAGAAGAAGAAGCGUUGUCUUAUUCUUUAAACGUUUAAUGUCCCAGCAUUAAUCGCCAUGUGCUAUGGCUCAUACUUAUGUUAACUCCUAUCUAAUGUUCAUGAACUCUCUACCUUACCUUUCAUUGAGUCCAUCGACGAUCAUAGUUUACUUUUCCCUCUUUGAAUGCUUUCACUAGCGUAAUAAUUUAUUCUUAU